AUGUCAAGCUAUAGCACUCCCACCAGCAGCUUCGGCAUCGCCAGAAGGGCGCCGCCGGUCGGCACCGCUGAGCAUACCGCCCUAGCGGCACUGAUCGCAAUCUCGUGGUACAACGCUCUGGAACUUAUCGUCCUCUGCUUCAUAACAUUCAAGCGAUAUGGCGGCCUCUACUUCUGGUGCCUCCUCGUCGCCUCCUUCAGCAUCAUUCCCUUCGGCCUCGGUUACCUCCUCAUUAUCUACAACAUCUACGAUAACCUCUUCCCCGUAGCCAUGGAGCUCGUCGCUUGGGUCGGCAUGGUCACAGGCCAAUCCCUAGUCCUAUGGUCACGACUGCAUCUCGUCAUGCAAAAUCGAAAGGUCCUCCGCGCAACUCUAAUUAUGAUUAUCGUCGACGCUAUCAUCCUCCACGUCCCGGCUUCCGUCCUCGAACUCGGCAGCCACUCCAAUAAAUCAUAUCUCUUCAACCACGGCUUCAAUAUCUUCGAAGAUAUUCAGCUUAUCGGAUUCUCUAUACAAGAAGUGAUUCUGUCCGUCAUCUAUUCCAUGGAAGCUGUUAGAAUGCUUCAACUCCGACCGCGCGGUCACUACCGAGGAAUUCUCGUCCAACUCCUCGUAGUCAACAUAUUCAUGAUCUUAAUGGAUGCAGCCGUCAUCGCAGUCCAAUUCGCCGGCAUGCCGGAUGUCCAGUUCUGUCUCAAAGCAAUGGUAUAUAGUAUCAAGCUCAAGCUUGAAUACGCCAUUUUGAACAAACUGGUGGUCUUCGCUGAGAAAAUGUCCGGCAGCAACUCCAAUCCCACCGAUAUCUCCGACUUUGUGGACCUUUCCUUCCACCCUGAUCCACGCCCUGAUCCUCCGGCGGACAGCGAUAGUCAAGCGCGCAUUAUGAAAGAUAUGGAUUAUGAUCUCCCGAGUCGAAAUCGCGCGCCCUUCAAACAAUCCUGUCAUGAUCCGCAUGAUCCGCACCUUUCAGUAUCCACCAUUCAAACUCCUACGUCUGUGACCACUAGGAACGACUUUUUCCCCUGA